GUUGGUUGGUAUGUUUGCUGUGUCCUGAACGCGCUCCGUUAAGUCGGCGGACAACCUAUAGCUCAGUGGACCAGUGUGCUCCUGACUAUUUUUAGAAGUCCGCCUGUAAAUGGGGGUAAAACGACGGAGCCUGAAGAAACUGCAGAGGAAGGUCUCAACUGCGCUGCAAUGAGCCCGCACAGCACCACGAAGUGACGGAAUUAAAAAAAAAAAAAAAAAAGUUAACAGAAGUUCAACUGCUUCGCUUCAGCUCGACUUCACGUUGAAUACAAAACGCAGUGGCCACUGGAGAAGUUGCUGAGCAGCGCCAUGGCUGCCCAGUGCGACGUUCUGAGCGGAUACUUGCAGCAGUCGGACCAGGGCUCCAACAGCGAGCGCAGCACCGACUCUCCUCUCCCGGGAUCAGAGGAGGACCUGAGCGGACUCCAUCCGCUGCCAGACCCGGAGUGGACCGAGGAGAGGUUUCGGGUGGACCGUAAGAAGUUGGAAGUCAUGUUAUUAGCUGCCUCUGAGGGGAGAGUCAACGGCGGUGAGGAUUUCUUUCAGAAGAUCAUGGAUGAAACCCAAACGCAGAUCGCCUGGCCGUCCAAACUGAAAAUCGGAGCCAAGUCCAAAAAAGAUCCACACAUCAAGGUGUGCGGGAAGAGGGAGAAUGUGAGGGAAGCCAAAGACAGAAUUAUGUCCGUCCUUGACACAAAGAGUAACAGGGUAACUCUGAAGAUGGACGUCUCUCACACAGAGCACUCUCACGUUAUUGGCAAAGGUGGCAACAACAUCAAGAGGGUGAUGGAGGAGACGGGUUGCCACAUCCAUUUCCCAGACUCCAACAGGAACAACCAGGCAGAGAAAAGCAACCAGGUGUCCAUCGCAGGGCAACCAGGAGGGGUGGAGGCAGCUCGGGUAAAAAUAAGGGAGCUGCUCCCCCUUGUGCUGUCUUUCGAGCUUCCCGCCAUCAUGCAGUCUGACCCCAGCUCCCCCACUGUGCAGCACAUCUCGCAGACCUACAGCCUCACAGUCUCCUUCAAGCCCCCGACUCGCCUCUACAGGGCUACCGGCGUGGUUCGCGGCUCUCAGAAUAACGCCAACGCCGUCAAGAGGGGCACAGCUCUGCUGUUGGAGCAUUUGGCUGGUAGCCUGGCAAGCACCAUCUCCGUCACCACACACCUGGACAUCGCACCCCAGCACCACCUCUUUAUGAAGGGCCGCAAUGGCAGCAACAUCAAGCACAUCACCCAGCGAACGGGAGCCCAGAUCCACUUCCCUGACCCCAACAGCCCCCAAAAGAAAUCCACAGUCUACAUUCAGGGCACCAUUGAAUCGGUCUGCCUGGCACGGCAGUACCUCAUGGGCUGCUUGCCUCUGGUGUUAAUGUUUGACAUUAAAGAGGACAUUGAGGUGGAGCCCCAGUGUAUCACAGCACUAAUGGAGCAGCUGGAUGUCUUCAUCAGUAUCAAACCGAAGCCAAAACAACCCAGCAAGUCCGUGAUAGUCAAGAGCGUGGAGAGGAAUGCAGUGAACAUGUACGAAGCCCGGAAAUUCCUCUUGGGUCUGGAGAGCAACGGGGUGUCGUCCUCCUCGCCCUCUGUGGCGUUGAAUCCCGCCACCAACAUCUCGUCCCCGUCCCUCAUCUGCCCCGUUGGCCUGGACAUCCUGGCCUCAGCUGGCCUGGGGCUGAGCAAUCUGGGUUUCCUGGGAGCGACGGCGGCCCACUGCCUCUCCAACUCUGCUGCACCAAACGCUGUCCUCAACAGCUUAAAUUCCUCCAUGAGCCCUCUGCAGACCCCGAGCCCUAGCACCCCCACACCCACCGCGUCCCUCUGGCCCAGCUCACUCACCAGCACCCAAGGCUUCUCAUCUCAGCUGAUGCUGCACCCCGCCGCCCAGGCCACAUUGAGUAGCAUCCUGCUGUCAAGUGUUCAGGGUUACACACAGAGUACACCGUCCCCUCCGCCUGGCCUCGCUCCCAUAGAUAAACAGCCCAACGGGGUCCCUGACUGCAACAAGGGCCCCUGCACUCUCAAUGGACAUGUCAAGCAUCCUGGCUCAGUCUAUGGGAGGAUGGGGACUGCAUCACUUGCAGAAACGGUUUUGAGCCCAGCCCCAUGUGACUCGGUCCAGGAGGCCGGUGGUCACAAUCCUUCAGAACCGCUGUCCAGCAAGUCCAGCCCAGAUGAAGGUUCUGACACGUUUGUGGAAGUGGGCAUGCCCAGGAGCCCCUCGCACUCAGCCAAUGGAAGUGAGCUGAAACAGAUGCUGGCUUCAUGUAAGACGUCAUCAGGGAAGCGACAGGCUUUGGAGCUACUGCAGGGCACCAAGAACUCCCAUCUACACUCUGACUGUCUUCUCUCGGACGCUGAGUCCAGCUCGUCAGACAGCCCCGUGGCCGAUAAGAGGGCGCCCGGCAGCGAGCGGGCGGCUGAGAGGGCAGCGCAGCAGAACGAGAGGGAGCGAAUCAGACUGGUACCACAAAGCUCCUUCGCCAACAUACAGGCAUUUGACUAUGAACAGAAGAAGCUGUUGGCAACCAAAGCUAUGUUAAAGAAGCCCGUGGUGACUGAGGUGCGGACUCCUACCAACACCUGGAGUGGUCUGGGCUUCUCAAAGUCCAUGCCAGCUGAGACCAUCAAGGAGCUGCGGAGAGCCAAUCACGUUUCAUACAAGCCCAGCAUGAGCACCACCUACGAGGACUCCCCGCUGUCCCUGUCUCGAUCCAACAGCAGAGAAGUCAUCGGCAACGGCAGUGACUCUGACAACUGGCGAGACAGGAACGGCAUCGGUAACGGCCUGCCGAUUCACGCCGAGUUCCCCUCCGUUGUCGGCAGCCCAAAGAGGAAGCAGAACAAAUCUGCUGCAGAGCAUUACCUCAGCAGCAGCAACUACAUGGACUGCAUCUCCUCGAUAACCGGCAGCAACGGCUGCAGUCUGAACUCGUCUCUGAAAGGCUCAGACCUGCCUGAGCUGUUCAGCACGCUGGGCUUAGGGAAGUACACGGACGUCUUCCAACAACAAGAGAUUGACCUCCAGACAUUCCUGACUCUAACGGACCAGGACCUGAAGGAACUGGGCAUCACCACCUUUGGAGCGCGCAGGAAAAUGCUGCUUGCCAUCUCAGAACUAAACAAGAACCAGAGGAAACUAUUUGAGCCACCCAUCAGGUCCUCUUUCCUGGAAGGGGGAGCUAGCGGCCGCCUCUCCCGUCAGUUUCACGCAGACAUAGCCAGCGUAAGUGGGCGAUGGUAGGUGCCUCCAGACCUCCGGGCCAUCCUAGAACCGUCCAUGAUGGAGACCAGCCUCCAGUGUCAUUCUGUGACUCAGCAGCCCUGGUUUAAGCUGAAUGAAGACUGUUCAAAUGUUGUUGUUGCCAUAUAGUAUAUAUAUUAAAAAAGCCAUUGUUUUACCUGAAGUGCCAACAAGAAAGAAGGGAUUUCUCCGAAACAUGAGGUUCAGUGUUCACUCCUCAUAGAGCCAUUGAGUCUAUCUGGAGCAUUUAUAUAUGAAGGUUUGUUGUUAUGGUUCUGAUGAAGGGUACUGUCCAGUAUUUCUGUCCAAUUUUCAUUCAAGGGAACAGGCAGAAUGAUUAAUACAAUCAUUUUACACAUUGAUACGACCUGCAUUUGUAUUAUGCUGUUGUAUCAGACAUGCACUUUAAUAUUACUAGACUUUUGCCUGUGACAGCCUAAUUCAUUAGAUUAGAAUAACUAUGCUUUUUUUUUUUUUAUAUAUAUAUAUAUAUUGACUAAAAGCACAGAUGCAUUUUGUACCAAACCAAAUGUAAGCACUUACCAGUGAGUUUAGGGCGCCACCAAAUGAAGUGCAAAAUGUGUCAGCGCGUCAAAGUGGUGACUUAAUCAACUUUAAGAUAUACCAAAGGAGAGUAUCCAUGUGGCCUUUGACCUUAGGCUACCUGAAGUGUUUUGAUUGGUGGACAUUCCUCCGAGGUCAGUGUUUGUGUCCAACCGUAGUCUGUUUGUAUGUGUUUACUAGACAAAAAAAAAAAAAUCGAAUAUUUUGUACUCACUAUGCAUUAUGAUUUUAUUUUUAUUUUUUAUUACCAUUUUAGGGGAAUGGGUGGGAUGUGUAACGGUAAUCAGUUUACAUUUGUAUUUUUUUAUACAUUCAUGAAUGAGUUUCUAUGAUUUUUGUAAUUAGAUUAUUAGUAUAUUUUACUUUUUUCCCUGCCUUUUAAUCUGUGGAGCCGUAAUGUGGCUGUGCCAUGAGACAGUAGCAGAGACGUGAGGCAGUUAGGCAAAGCUUUAAAGGCCUCUCUCUGAUUGUGUCAACAGGCAUUUUUCUAUGGUUCUCCUUCCCUGUUUGUUUAUAGUACAUGCUCCUUUGUCUCAUCUGUUAUUUGUCAGUGUUGACCUCCCCGUGGCCCCUUCUGUGUGCCGAAAAUCUCACAAAGUAGUACUCCUUGUAUCCAGACCUCGAGUUGCUCUGAUAGGACUGUGCGCCCUUUUUUGUCUUCCUAUUAACUGGCCGCUCCAUUUAGAGCAAGCAAGGAUCUAACUGAGCAAUGGCCAUGCCUUCCUGUAGCGAAAAGUGCCAAUGUACAUAGCUAGUUUUUCAACAGGGAGAUAUUUCGCUAAGAACACAAAUAUUUUUGGUCUGACCUUACUCUCCAGUAGGGAGGUGCAACACACAAAGAACCAGUAUAUUCACAGCCAAAUUGGUCUCUGAUGAGAAUAUCUUCAAGAGAUAAAAAAAAAAAUGAAUAAACCAAAGUCAUCAGAAGGACUGUGAGAUUUAAGAUGAAAACAAAUAGAAAUCUGGAAUUUUCUGGUAUCAGUCGUGCAAUCUAAUAUCCAGGAAACCUGGUUAAGCAGAGUUUAAUGAAGUAACGGGAUUAUGCAUGCAGCAGCAGUGUAUAUCAUCAAAGCUUGCGUUUGUUCUGGACUCCUGUAUUAUGUUCGGUCGUGUGUUUUGGAAAAGGAAAACAUCCUUUUCAAACGGUUCAUUAACUUCGGAUAUCUCAAAUGUUAUUUUGCGUGAUAUUCUUAAGAUUUAUCUGAGGAUUUAGCCUCCAAACCGAUGAAUCUUCCAAAGUUUAGAGCACUUUGUAUCAAGUGCAACUAAGUGCCUCUUUGUAAUUUUGUUUUCUUUCUUUGCAGUACUAAGGAUAUAUAUAAGACUGACACAAUUCUUAUCUUGGUCUAAAUGAGAGUACAGUGUAUAUAAUCUAUUAGGUAUGUAGAGGAUGCUUUUGGGAAAUUGUCACGGUCCAGUGCAUGAACAGUUCCCUCGCCAAAUUUUACUACGAAAGCAAGUAACAGCAGUCCUCACAUGGUCGCACACAGAGAGAAGUCAAUAAUUUGUCACUUCUCUUCGAUUCGCAAUGAUUCCCUUUAAGGUGAUUUGUUGUUUAUCAUGUUCACAUUUAACCACUUUCCAACCUCCCUCGCAUCUGAUUUGAGCCAUUCUCAAUGUGGUUGUCGAGUAAAUAACACUAUACUAAAUUAUAAUCUGACACGGUGGCCGACGCCAACCAGCUAAUUGUUUUUUAUCCCCUUGGAAGUCUUGAGGAAAGACACGAAGAGGGAGAACACUCAUCUAGAAAGGGAUUCUUUAUCCCGAGAGGAAACCCGGGGCCGGGUCGCCCUCGCUCAUCAUGGUACUACAUUGAAACUGUUGAGCACUGAUUCUCCCAGUGCUGUGACUCAUGUUCCUGCCUUGCAGACAUUUGUUUUCAUCCCUUACCUUGUUCGGAUGCGUUUGCUCGGAGGGCAGUAGAGGUUCUUGUCUUAUCAAGUGAAUGUUUAAAUAAUAUUGAUGCAUGUUAUUGCAGAUUUAUUACGGAUCAGUGAAGGGACUCAAGUCAAAACGUUUACUGCCAGCUUGUCCAGUCUUUUGCCCUCUGAUAGAGUAGAUUCACAAUUAUGUCUUUAAUUUGUUUGUAUUAGUAACAUUGUUGUUCCCAAAGGGAUUUUUUUUGAAGGAGUCUUUGUACUGCAAUCAAAUGGUACAUUUAUAAUAAAUGUAAACCACUAAGGAUAAUGCAUAACUUUUGUACAACUUUUUCAUCUUAUGCAACCAUUGUUUUUGUGUGAGAAAGGUACAACUCUGCACAAAGUUCCAGAGAAGAAUUUGUGUAUAAACAUCGCCAUGUGGCCAAAGCUCUGUUCAAUGUGGCAUCUGUUGAUGCUAUUGUUCUUCUAAUUGUAUUGUAGUACAGAUAUAAACAGGACAUUUUGGAGGAACUGUCAAGCAGGCAAAAAAAUGUUUGUUCAAAUAUUAUGAUGGUAAUAAAUUUAUGCAAACAAAGUCCCUUUUUUUUCUUCUUUUUUUCUGCAUAACACAAGGAUGUACAGAUGUAAUCGUCUUUAAGGCAGGAGGAUGAUGGUAGCUCUAAGCCAUCAGGAAAUCCAGGCUUUCGGCAUCCGUAAGAUGCUGUAACCUUCCG